GCAUUGUUGCCGUCUUUGUCCUUUCACUAUUAACUCCGGGUGGUUGGCAAAGUGCUGGAGCCUCAACGAAUCAACAUUAAAAUAAGGAAUCUGUUAGUGGGGAUGGGAAGUUGGCCCGCUCUGUGAGUGCAGGUUUUAUUUAAACUUGGCGAGUGACGGAUACAAGUGCCCAUCAGCCCACUUUGGUAACCUCUUCAAAAUGCCAGCUGCAGAAGAAGAUCAUAGUCAGAUAAUCCGUGAGGUGUGGGCAAAUAACCUGGAAGAAGAGAUGAGAAAAAUUCGCUUAAUUAUUCAAAAAUAUAACUAUAUAGCUAUGGAUACAGAGUUUCCCGGUGUUGUGGUAAGACCAAUUGGAGAAUUCCGAAGCACUGUAGAUUACCAGUACCAGCUUCUACGGUGUAAUGUGGAUUUGCUGAAAAUCAUCCAACUGGGAUUGACAUUCAUGAAUGAGAAAAACCAAUACCCUCCUGGAACCUCCACUUGGCAAUUCAACUUUAAAUUCAACCUUACGGAAGACAUGUACUCACAAGACUCAAUAGAUCUGCUGAGAACUUCUGGGCUGCAGUUCAAAAAACAUGAAGAAGAAGGAAUUGAAACUUCUUACUUUGCAGAGCUCCUCAUGACAUCUGGUGUGGUGCUGUGCGAUAAUGUCAAGUGGCUUUCGUUUCACAGUGGUUAUGACUUUGGCUACUUGAUCAAACUUCUAACCCACUCACGACUACCAGAAGAAGAGCAAGAAUUCUUUGAUAUCCUGCAUUUGUUCUUCCCUGCUAUCUAUGAUGUGAAAUAUCUGAUGAAAAGCUGUAAAAAUCUUAAGGGUGGUCUACAAGAAGUUGCUGAACAGCUUGAGUUGGAGCGAAUUGGACGACAGCACCAGGCAGGCUCAGAUUCACUAUUGACAGGCAUGGCUUUCUUCAGAAUGAGGGAGUUAUUUUUUGAAGACAACAUUGAUGACACAAAGUACUGUGGACAUUUGUAUGGUCUUGGAUCAGGUUUAACUAACAACCAUAAUGGGACAGCUGGGACAUCAGAAGAAGAAACCAACAACAAACAACACUGACCACAACUGAGACGUUUUACCAAAUCUUGAUGUUUUUAGACAGACAUUUUACUACAAAAUGAGUGUUAUUCUCCUGAUGCAAAGUUUGGAGAUAUUUGGCAGUGUACUGCCUAGAGGUAUUAAACAUGGCUGCUUUCUUCUUAAAAAAAAAACAUUUCUGCCAUUUAACAUUUGUAAAUGCUGUGCCGUUGCUUAUUGUUUUCCAAAUCAGUAAGUGACAUGGAAGGGAAGCCAGGCUAGGGUUAAUCUGCGUUGGUCCAGUAGGACCUUUUGGAUUGUACCCUGAUCUAUGUUUAUUUCUCUUUAAAUUUAUUAUUCACUCUACUUUUCUCCCCUUUUAUAUUUUCCUUUUGUUCCCUUGUUUGUUUUUCUUGAUCAGGUGAUUUGCAGUGACAAUUACAUCACAUUGUUUUGCUUGUUCUGUGGAAAUAAUAAGCCGUAGCGCCGUGGAUUUGUGCAUUGUGAUAACCUUGAGGUUUUUUUUAAUGUGAUUACAUAUCCAUGCCUGAAAAACAUUCUUCCCGAAGGACGGCUGUGGCUGUAAAAUUAUUUCAGGAAUAGACCUUUUAAGUUCAUGUUUAUUGUGCGGUACAGUGUUCAAAAGGUAUUUUAAUGCCUUGUAGGAUGGAAAGUGUUCAAAAGGUAUUUUAAUGCCUUGUAGGAUGGAAUUUUCACUAUUAGAACGGCAGGGAAAAAACUUCCAGUUCCACUAAUACCCAAUAAAUUAUAAAUUAUUAUUAUCCUAAUUCAAUUGACUUAAACAGCUAAAUGCAGGAAUUUCAACUGGGUUAUUGAACUUGUUUUAUGGCAGUACAGUUCUGUUAUUAAUUUUCAACAUAAAUAAGUUCAUUUAAAACAUUGUUCUUGUUUAUGCUUUUAUCAAAUACUUGUUAUUAAUGUUGUAAUUAAUCCUGUUUAAAGGAAGGAAUAGAAUUAAGAUUUUUUUACUUCAAUAUUUUUAAACAAAAUUGUUAAUUAUAUCUCUUGAUCUUCUUUUCAUCAUCUGAGUACCCAGUAGAAAUAUCCAAUUGUUAAAAGUAAAUGUAAUUUUGCAAUAGUUCUUUCUAUUCACUGUGUAUGUACCAUAGACCUGAAAUGUGAUACCUAAUAGCAGGUUAUGUAUCAUCUUCCAUUGUGAACCGAAUUGGAUGUCUGAGCCACGUGCUUUUGUUGUGAUAUGAUUAAUGACUGCAUUACUGAUACCACAGGGAUCAUAGGUUGAUCCAAGUCUCAUUGGUUAAAUAUUACAGUUUUGCUUCAAGUUAAGUCGAAUGCAAAAAGCCACUUGAUUACGGACUUGAACAAAACCUUAAUGUUAGUUUCUCUUCUACAGUCAAGAAUAACUCAAAUCUCUUCAUGUUGCUAGAGAGGGGUCUCCGUUGAUGGAAGUAGUUUUACAUGUAAAAUGUUUAAUUUACUUCAUACUUUGUUCUUAAUUGACUCCAACGUACAAAACUGGAUCUUAACUUAAAACAGUGGUGCAAGACCUAGCUAUUGACGUUUCACAGGAGAUAAGGGCCUUUUCAUUUAAAAGCACUUCCUUCUACAGAAAUCUCCUGUUAAAAAUUAACUCAUUGUAUUUAAUAUUUUGGUUGUGUUGCAAGCAGUCUGAAUCUUAUAAAAACUGAACCAAUGUAAUUUAAAUAAGUUUGUAAAUUAAAAGUUUGUUUCAUA